AUGGCGAUGGCUUUCAUAAAAUCCCUCUUCACGUCGCCAGAGAUAAACCCCAGUAACCGCAAAGCCAGAUCAAUUCCAAUCUUCAAUCCCAUUGAUCAAUAUGGAAGAGUCUUUUUCUUUUCAUGGCUUGGUUUCAUGGUAGCCUUUCUGUCGUGGUAUGCUUUUCCACCACUGUUGACGGUGACUAUCAAACAAGACCUACACAUGACACAGCAGGAGGUCGCGAAUUCCAACAUUGUCGCACUACUGGCAACGCUACUUGUCCGAUUUAUCGCUGGACCCCUUUGCGAUCGUUACGGCCCAAGAUUGGUUUUCGUGGGACUGCUUCUAUGCGGAGCCAUUCCAACAUCCAUGGCCGGUCUGGUCACUACACCGAAAGGACUGAUCGCAUUGCGAUUCUUUGUGGGAAUUCUUGGAGGAACAUUCGUUCCAUGCCAGGUGUGGUGUACUGGGUUUUUCGACAAGAAGAUUGUCGGCACCGCCAACUCCCUCGCGGGAGGCUGGGGUAAUGCAGGUGGAGGAAUCACAUACUUCCUCAUGCCUGCUAUCUACGACUCUCUUGUCCAUACAAGUGGCCUCCCCUCUCACAAGGCGUGGCGCGUCGCAUAUGUCAUUCCCUUCAUCAUCAUCACCGCCGUUGCCUUGUGUAUGCUCUUUUUCUGCGAAGACACUCCAACCGGCAAAUGGUCUGAGCGACACCUUUGGGCCAAGGAGACGAGAGACAGCGCAGCCACCGACGGAAACAUAGUCGACUUGAACACUGACACCUUCUCAAGUGGAAUGACAACCCCCUAUAACGCUGCUACAACCGAUGUCGAGAAGAAGGGCGCCCAGUCUCCUCAGAUCCAAGACAAGGAAGCAUCGGUCAUGGGCCAGAUGGACUCGAUCUUCAAGCAAGAAACAGUCGUCGCUCCAACCCGGAAAGAAGCCCUGAAUGUCGCACUCAGUCUAUCUACCAUGGCCGUGGCAAUUCCAUACGCCUGCUCUUUUGGUUCUGAACUGUCCAUCAACUCCGUCCUAGGAUCUUACUAUGAGAAAACCUUCCCACACAUGGGUCAAACAGAGACAGGCGAAUGGGCCGCCAUGUUUGGCCUUCUGAACGUUGUCUUCAGGCCCGCUGGUGGCUACGUCGCCGAUCUACUAUACCAAAUGACCGACAGUGUUUGGUCGAAGAAACUUCUUCUCACCUUCCUGGGGGUUUCUAUGGGCGCGUUUCAGCUUGCCAUUGGCCUGUCCAACCCGUCUUCUCAGUCAUCUAUGUUUGGAUUAGUCGCUGGACUGGCUUUCUUCCUUGAGGCAUGUAACGGAGCCAACUUUGCUGUUGUGCCUCACGUGCAUCCAUUUGCUAAUGGGAUUGUAUCCGGAAUCGUGGGCGGCUUUGGUAACCUUGGAGGCAUUAUCUUUGCCAUUAUCUUCCGAUACAACGGAUCGGACUAUGGGAAGUCAAUGUGGAUCAUUGGUGUGAUAUCCGUGGCAGCUAACUUGGCUGUGAGCUGGAUCUCACCUGUUCCCAGUCAACGGCGAUCUUGA